GGGAGGAAGCGGGUGUGCGCAGGACCAGGAUGUUCUUAGGUUAUUCAACAUGGCGGCGUCCGUAGACAGCGUUCUCUGAAGGAGACUAUUUUUCUUUUCUUUGUACAUUCGUCGUUAUUAAUGUUCGGUUGUGGUUCCCUGAAGGUCAGUGUGACUGUCUGACCAUGAAGUCUGCCCGCUGCCUGCUCCACCUGCAAUGUCUCAGACUACUGGACCGGUCAGCCAGGUCUGCAGCCCAGUGUGCUCCUCUGCUCCAGUCAUCCUCCUCCAGUCAGCCCAGUGUGCUUCACAAGAACCAACAUCAGUUGUUAAGGCAGUUCCACAGCAGCCCAGCAUGGAGCAAGAGUCAGCCCACACCUGCCGACGACCACAAGAAGGACAAGUCUCUGGUCACGAAUGACGACCUGUUCGAGCAAGUGGCCAAAGACGUCAAAGUCAAAGCCACGUUCAACAAGGUGGUGGACGUCUUCCUCAACAGGGAUGUGAGGCGGCGGGGCCACGUGGAGUUUAUCUACGCCGCACUGAAGAAGAUGCCCGAGUUCGGCGUGGAGAGAGACCUCACGGUCUACAACAAGCUCCUGGAUGUUUUCCCUAAAGAGGUGUUUGUGCCCAGGAACGCUGUCCAGCGAAUGUUCAACCACUAUCCUCGACAGCAGGAGUGUGGGGUGCAGCUACUGGAGCAGAUGGAGGAAUAUGGUGUCAUGCCCAACGUGGAGACAAAAGUCCUGCUAGUCCAGAUCUUCGGAAAGAAGGCUCACCCCGUAAGGAAGUACCAGAGAAUGAUGUACUGGAUGCCCAAGUUCAAGCACGUGAACCCCUUCCCCGUCCCCGUGCAGCUGCCGGAAGACCCGGUGGAUGUGGCUCGAUUCGGCUUGGCUCGCAUCGCCAACGACCUGGACGCGAAAGUUAACGUUUAUCAGCUGCCGUGUACAGAUAUAACAGAGACAGGAGAAGAGAUAACAAUUCCACAUGUCGUAGGGAUCCAGAGCCCCAGCCAGAUGGAGCUGCUGGCCAAGCACAACCCAAACAGGCCGGUGUUUGUCGAGGGCCCCUUCCCUCUGUGGCUGAGGCAGACGUGUGUGCACUACUACGUCCUCAGAGCUGACCCGCCUGAGGAGAAGGUAGAAGAGCCCUAUGAUCCAGAGCGGUCUCUGUACUACCCUCUGCAGUUGGACGUGGAUUUUGGGCGUGACCUCGGAGACGAAGAGAACUUUGACGUCGAAGACUUGGACGAGGGCCCAGUCUUUGCCAUGUGUAUGACUGGUCGGGGAGACCAGGCCACGCUGAACCAGUGGAUCUCCGGCCUCCAGGAGAACAACCCCAUGCUGGGUCAAGUCCCCACUCUGUUUCGUGUGAACGCGGGGCCUCAGGAGCUGUCGGCGUCAGCUGAUGCAGAGUCGGGGCAAGCCCACCGGCCUGACACAAAGACCCGGAGCGGGGAGAAGUUGCAGCGUGAUGGAGAACCUGGGGUUAUAGUGGAAGAGGAGCCACAGAGGAGGCAGGGCAGGAACCAGUGAAUGGCAAUUAAAGUCACAUAAAUCAUGA